AUGCAGUCUGACGGAGUGAAGGAGGAGGAGGGAGCAGUGAACAGGACAUCCGCUUCGAGGGGGAGGCAGGGAGGGAGCAGCACGGGCAGCGCUUCGGUAACCGUGGCUGGCUUGCCUCUGGCCCCGGUGGUAAAGCACAAAAUUGUGCUCCUGGGUGAUCAGUCUGUAGGGAAGACGAGCCUUGUGACGCGGUUCAUGUAUGACACGUUUGAUCAGCAGUACCAGGCCACCAUUGGCAUUGACUUCUUCUCCAAGUCCAUCCCUGUCGACAAUCGCACGGUUCGCCUGCAUGUGUGGGACACGGCGGGGCAGGAGCGCUUCCGUUCACUCAUUCCUAGCUACAUCCGCAACAGCUCCGGCACCCUUGUAGUGUACGAUAUCACAUCCCGAGCCUCUUUCCGCAAUACAUUCAAGUGGGUUGACGAGGUGCGAGCUGAACGGGGCGAGGAUGUUGUCAUCUUCCUCGUUGGUAACAAGUCUGACGCACAGGACAGGCGCGUGGUGAGCACAGAGGAGGCGCAAAAGAAGGCGGGGGAGUAUAACCUUGUGUUUAUGGAGGUCAGCGCCAAGCAGGGAACAAACGUCAAGGCGCUUUUUAGGAAAAUGGCCGAGGCCCUUCCUUUGUCGGACGACAACGACAACGCCGUCAGCAAAGGGAGUGGUGCUAAUGCGGGGGGCAAUGGCGGUCAGUCGGUGGUGUUGGGGAAGCAGCGGGACCCGUUCCUUCUAACUCCCUCGCGGAUGCAUGAGGGUAAUCAAAGCGGGGCCCAAAACAACAACAAUGGUGGCAGCGGCAACAUGGGCAAUAGGCAGGGCGGCUGCUGCUGA